GUGUUUGCAUUCAUCUAAGUGGGCCGUUGUAUAAAUAGCAACAACAUCAUUACAAAUGUUUCAUUUUUUAUAUUCUUCUGCAGGCUUUUAAUUAGCAACGAUUCGCUUUCCUAACGCAAUGUUACAAUCAUUGCACAUAACGAUUUUUACCAUUUUACUCCUGGGAGUAGUAUUAUUGGCAAAUGCACAAAAUGAUGGUCGCUACAAACCACCACCUACAAAACCGAGAAAUGUUAAUGAAGGUCGUUAUCGUCCAGCCGGCGAUGGCAAAUAUCGACCCAGUAAUGACGGCCGUUAUCGUGGUGGUAAUGAUGGCAAAUACGUGCACGUAGAUGUUAAAUAUGUACAUGAUGCCCGUGAUGGAGGACAAUAUAGUGGCGAUAGCUCUAAAUAUCAACCUGAUAAAAAUCGUGGUGGCCCAGGUGGUGGGGCAGGAGGAGGUGCUGGAAAUAAUGCUAAUUCUCUUCAAGGUCAGGGAGCAGGAAACUUAGGUGCUGGCAAUUCGAAUGGAGCUAAAUCAGGAUCAGGUGGCUCUAAUGCAGGAAAAUCAAGUUUAGGCAAUGCUCUAAAUGCAGCUGCUUUAGCUAAACCCUCAGCCAAGGGCAAAGGCACUGGUGAAGGUGGUAAUGGUUGGGCCAUAAUACGCUUGGAAGAUAAAGUGGAGCAGGAUGGUUAUCAUUAUCUCUACGAAACUGAAAAUGGAAUUUUAGCAGAAGAAGCUGGUAAAGUAGAAAAACUACAAACAGAUGAUGGUCUCCGCUCGAAAGGUUUCUAUGAAUACACCGGUGAUGAUGGUCUUCUAUAUCGUGUAGAUUAUGUGGCCGAUGACAAUGGUUUUGUACCUCAAGGUGAACAUAUUCCAACAGCACCACCUUAUGUGGCUAAACUAUUGGCCUAUUUGGAGGCAAAUGCCAAUAAUAAACGAAAAUAAAUUUUUAUUUAUUUGUUUAAUAUUUUAAGAAAGUGAAGUAUUUAAUAUUUAUCCAAUUCACCAUCGGUGUUGUACGAUUGUAUUGUAGUAUGUCGUAAUUUUUGUUAAUAUUGUUUUGUUUCUGUUUGAAAAAAAAAAUAUUUGAAAAUGUUUUAUGACUUACAAAGAUACAACAAUACGACAUUGAUUGUGAAUUGGACAAAUUGUGUUUCUUUUAAAUUAAAAUUCUUUUCGUUUUCUUCAAUUAUUUGUAUUUUUUAAUAAAGUGUAUACGAAAAUAUAAAAAAAAAUAAAAA